GUAAUCCGACGGGGAGCUCUCGACUCCAACCGUCUCCUGUCGCGAUGCAUAAGCACCAAGGAGCAACCCAACGUCGCCAAUAUCACCGCGAACGACCCCAACGCAUCCGCCCGCGCCCCCGUCCCGAACAUCUCGGCGACGAACGAGCUCCCGUCGUCGUCCAUUGGGAGCCAUGAUGCCGCGAUACAGGAGUCGGUCGCGGAGGGGGAGAAGCUCCGCGUGCAGCAGGCGCCGAACAGGCACACGGUCUGGAGUCGGAGCCAGCAGCCCCGGGAGGCGGCGAUGGUUGGGCCGCGAUUCGAGCAGAUGACGAUGGCUGAUCAGCCCCGGCCAUUGGCGGCAAUCGACCUCAUUCACAAACAGCCUGUCCGCUGGCGAGAGGAGCGGGUCGUAUCUUGCGACGGAGGUGGUGGUCCGCUCGGCCAUCCCCGGAUCUUCAUCAACCUCGACAAGCCACAGAUUUGCUGGUGCACAUACUGUGGAGUGCCAUUCGCACAUGAGCACCACCGGAAGCACUUGGAGUCGCUCCCUUCGACCUCGUAUCCUCUAGAACCGACCGGCGAUCCUGCACAAGUU